AUGGCGCAACCACUUCAGUCAAUCAAGAUCCUGACAGAUAUUGUGACUCUCUUGCAGACAACAAUAUCCGCGCCCUAUGCUUCCACCGGGCCUCUUCUUAGUCCCGAUAUCAUCCUUGCACUAGACAACAAUCUCAAUCGCAACCCAUUCAAUUCCAGAAACACGCCACAGGGAAACAGCAGGCUGGACAAUCUUGGCACAUUGCUUUGGAAUACCUGCACGCAGGUGUCACUCUCGCGCGCUGACAAUCCAGACGAUUCGCAAACGCUUGCAAAAGUGAGAGCUGUUGCAUUUGCGGUGUUGAACAAAGCUGUGCCUGCCGACCUCUUAGGAUCUCUCAGAGCUCUGGAUUUAGCUCUUAGUGCUGCACAGAUUUGUCUUGUGAAUAGUCAACUUGAUAUUGCGCUGAAUAUCCUGUCGUGCGCCGCCCAGAGACUCGCCAAUGUCCAGCCCAGUCGUCUUGAACUUGAUCCGGCGAUCAACCGCACCCUUACCACACGAUACUAUCUCCUUCGUUGUCGUUUGGCCUGGUUACAACGCCGACCAGAUCUCGCCGAGCUUUUCUUUUCCAAAGUUCCUGGGCCAGUCUUAUCAAAGGAUCGAGAAUUGAUUUUUGAGCUCUGCUUCAUUAUUGGUGAUUCGGCUCUUGCACUGCGCCAGUCCGAGACUGCACUUACAUGGCUGCAAAGAGCAUCUGAACAUUUGCAGUUCUUGAGUAUCUCCACUGAGAUGACUUUCCCUUCCUUUGACUCAUGGAACUUAAUUGUUCGCCAUUCUAUUGCUGUGGCUUGCACCCAAUUGAAAACGCCCCAAGCAAUCGCUAUUCGCACAAGUGAAAUGUUCAUCUUGAGAGAACUUUACCCACAGCAACCCGGGGUGAUCCUUCUUGACCUUUCUGUUGGACACAAUAAUGGUGGUAUCAGUUUCGAGAGACUUCUUGAGGGGAUGAUCCUUACAGAGUCGAGCAUGCCAGUAAUUCUUCAGUUCGCCCGAUCUUUGGGCCAGACAGGUGGUUUGGAUGACGGAAUCCAAGCAUUUCGUAUUUUACUCACGCGCCCUCUCCCAUCCAGCGAGUGGAGAGAAAAAUGCUUUGUUUGCUUCGUUCUUCUUUUGAGCAGAAUACGGGAUUCUGAUACUGACUCCACUCAUAUGAGCACACUUGAGGAUAUGCUUAAGGAACUAGAGAGCAGUGGAUAUCCAUCGCUCAGUGCCACCGCAGCUCAAGCCGCCAUGAUUUGCCUCUGGAAAAUGACAGGUGCUGCAAUGCUCAAACAGGACUAUUGUACUGGACAGCGAUGGCUUCUCAUUUGCACUGUCCCCAUGAUAUUCAGAAAUUGCUCCUCGCGCAUUCAGAUCACAAUACAAAAAAAGCUGAUUGCAUGUUAUCUGCAUAAUGGAUACAUCGAUAACGCUCGAACGCUAAUGGACCGGGGUCUGGUUCAAAAUCCACGGGAUUUCCAAAGGAUGUAUCUGGCUUACAGGUUAAAUAUGUUGGAGGAAAGAGAUGUCUCUGGAUUUUUCCGUCUCGGUUUCCCUUCGGACCCUAUACCGAAAAAGCAACUGAGUCUACUAUCGUGUGCAAUGGAAGCCCAGCGACAGCACAAACCAGAACAAGUGCUGGACUGUCUUGAACAGUUCAUCAAGUGCUUGACCUCAGAUGAUAUUUAUCAUCACGACUUUUCAGCUGCUGAACAUUACAUGUUUGCAAUUACGCUUCUUCUUGAAGAGCUCUCCAAAGGCUUCAAUCAAAGGCUUGGUCAACACAUUGAGACUGUACUUGAGAGCACCUCGUCUUUUGUCAAAGAGACCAGCGUAUUUGAAGGAGGUGCACAGGAGGUCUCGGUCACUCAACUGCAAUGGCUCUACUUCGCGACUUACAAGAUUGCUUUGAAACUUAGCAAAUCUUCUGGAUUUCAGUGGACUGAUCCUGUCCUAAAAUACUCAAAAGAGUUUGCGCUUCAGUAUCGUCGGAUUGCCUACCCCGAAACAGUUUCUAAAGCACCCAGGCCACAUCUUUUUGCGGUUGCUUAUCUCAGUCUUCUUGUUUCCUCACUUGAGGCUCGCUGCGAGGUUGAUCCAGCUAAGAAGAAAUCACACUACGAGAACGUGCGCACUUCUUUCAAUGAACUAGAUGAUUUGUUCGGCUGGGACGACGGCGAAGAAGAGUCAGAUCAUGAGGUGCAUGUGAAAGAAGACCGACACCAUGAUAUCGCGCAAUUCUUCGACCUCGAGGCUGCUAUGCAUCUCGAGCAGUGGGAAGAUGUCACAAAAAUAUCCGAAUCCGAUGAUGCGUUCCCCAAAUCGAAAUUUCACGCGCCGAUCAUGGAUCUCACUCUCCAACUGAGCUUACCACCCGCACUAGCGGUCAAAAUCAUUAAGCGAAUCGUCAGCAAACUCGGGGCAGCAGAGGCCACUUCAGGAUUGCCCAUUACUUCAUGGCAAUACAAUCCCCGCAUUGCGCUGCCUCGCUAUCUACAUUGUCUGUUCAUCCUGGCCAUAGCACCACGUUUAGAUGUGCAAGACGUUCCUGGACUUGCCCACCUCAAUGUUGAAAUGGUCGAUCCUGAGGUCGCCGAACGAGUGCUCGACCAGGUCAUCGCAAUGGGAGCCGCGGAGGCAGAAGUCAAAAGUGAAGAACAAUCUGAGCAAUCCAGUCUCGGUAUUCCCCAGCGCGAUUCAGAGCUUUAUCCUUUCCGUGGCAGAUUUACAUAUCCGACCCCGGAGUUGAUCAAGAUUGCCACCAUGGCGUUCAAUAAGGCCUGUGAAUUCUACCGUGUUACUAGGGACGAGGAGUGUCAGCGUUGGGCAAACAAGGCGAUUAGUGUUGCUCAGCUUGUGCCUGGCUCUGAGGGCGAGGCCAUGGUCAGGGUGCUUCGAAACAGGCUAUCCAGUCUGAUUAGUGUCUAA